AUGGAUGCAGUCACCACUAUGCACACAGCUCUAGGAUUAGAUGAUAUCGGAUUCCUACAUCAUGCUCCUGUCAUAUGUGGAGACUGUGUUUUCUUAAUUACUGUCAGAUUUGUUGGCAGCAAAGAAAGAGAUCGGCUGGUACAGACUAUGACUCUACGAUGGCUAAGCUUUGACAAAUUGUUGAAGAAGAAAAGCGAUUCUCCACUCAUUAGCACUCUAAUUACCGAAAGCAUGAAUAUAAUGAAUUUCUACGAAAGCAGCCAAAUAACUUUGAAAAAGUUGGUUUGA